GGAUGACGAUUUUCGGCUUGAGAUUUCUUCCUGUAAUGCUUUUGUUCUUGAGUUAUGUUUUUGGGCUGUUGCUACUGGAAGAACAGGGGAACGGCGGCGAGGAGGAAGAGCUCAGCAAAGCCAUUCUAGAGAUGCUGCACAUCGAGAGGUUUUCUACACCGUACCAGGCUAAACCACACCCCUACAUGAGGCAGGUUUACCAGCUCCUGGAUGCACACGAGGUCAGAGAUUUGGGCAACUCCGAUGGAACCCUGGUGCAGAGCUUCCGGAGUGUUCAGGGCCCAGAGUGUGCUCCUCCGGGCUGGAUCUGGUUCAACGUGUCCCACCUGAAGCCCUCCAUGACAGGGGCAGAGCUGGUCCUGCUUCGCAAGACCCUCCACCCCGACCCCCUCAGCGUCACUGUGGCUCUGCACAGCCUGGUGAGCUGGGAGGAAGGAGUGACUGGGAGCGCACCUCUGGAGGAGAGACUCCUAACGCUCGACCAGCUUCCCCCGUCCGGCUACGACGUGUUCAACGUGUCCGGUGUAUUGGCUGAGAAGCUUCAGGAGGUGGUGGGGUUCCAGCUUCGCUACAAGGAUGAGAGUGGGAGCCUGGUGCUCCACGAGGCCCUGACGCAAAGCUUCUACUGCCUGGGUGCCGGCUCUUCAAGCCAGCCGCUGCUGGUGACGUAUCAGGCCCGGCCGCUCCUCCGACCCCUGGUCGCCAUGGGUUCAGGGCUCCCUGUAGCACGAAGGCAGUAUCAGCCAUGUGGCACCGUGGGUGGACAAGACAGAUGCCUUCACCGACGCCAUGCCUCUCCAGACUCCCCGUGCAGCCUCCACCACCGCUACGUUGACUUCAGGCAAGGAGUCUUGGCCAGAUGGAUUCUUCAGCCGUCGGGUUUCAAUGCUUCCUUUUGCAGGGGUUCCUGCAAUAUGUGGUCGUCAGGCCUGUCCACAGAGGAGCUCAGACAACAGAGAGCAAGUGAUGAGAGUUCAGUCAAAAGCUUCACCUGUGUCUCCCAGGAAUUCUCCUCUGUCGCUGUGAUGCAAAAGACAGAAACGGACGAAGUUCUCAUCAAAACCCUGAGAAAUGCAAAGGCAAAAAGCUGUGUGUGCAUGUAGAAGACCAAGUAGGCAAAUUGUAUCAAAUAUGCGUACAAUAUGUACUUUACC